AUGCGCAUCGCAGCAGUCGGGGGGCAGGAGAAGCAGCAGGCCGCAGUAACCGCCGUGAUCAAGGCCGUCAUCGAGGUUUUGCGCGACGCCGGCGAUGUGAGCGAUCCCCCGGGGAAUGCCGUCCUCAAACGCGUGCUGCCAGAGGCGCUCGACGAGACGAAGGUGACCACGCCCCGGGCGCUGGCCGAGUACCUGCGGCUCCCGGAGGUAUCGUGUGCGCCUCGCGUGCCUUCGGCCGAGCAGAGGCGGCAGAUGCGCGAGCUCGUCGAGGGGGACGCCGACCGCGCCGAGCGAGAGAAGGUCGAGCCGCUGCAGCAUCGGCGACGCGAGGCUCAUGAGCUGCCGUUGCCAGGCCAGCAGCGUGGGCAGCUCAUCACUCGUUGGCGGGCGGCCGAUGGAGCCGGCAGCAUUGCAGACCGCAUGAGCUGUACGAGAAGGGCCGAUCGGCACCCGCAGCGCUGGCAACCGCCUCUCCCGAAGACCACCUAG